AUGGUUCCUUUCACGCAGCAGCAACAGCAGCGACGGCACCAACAGCCAAAGGAUAACCGGCCCCAGCACCAACAUCAGCACCUGCACCAGGAGCAACAACAACACCAACACCAACAACAGCCGCAAGAGCAGCGGAUUCCCACGCUUAUUUGUGCACUAGAAGUACCCCUAAGUAGCAGCAAACAACCGUCCUCGGUAGAGCCUGCAGCACAUGCAGUUGCUCUUGCCGGGGUGGCUACAGCGGUUGCUGCAACUAUGACUGCAGGGCCUGCAGCAACAGAAGAAGACGCAGCAACAGCCCAACCUCUCUUUUCUGGGUUUCAGUCACAUGAGCAACUGCGGGUGCAGCAAGACGCGUCGGGGGUGCAUGGCCUUCGUCUUGGAGGCCUCGGAGCUAUGAACGGGCAGCAGCAGGCGCUGCACCAGGUAGGACAAGCAGCGGCAGCUGACGAACGUUCCUUGCAUUCUGACUGCAGUCUGCCUUCUUGCGAAGACUUCGCUUCCCCCUUUCAUCCUCAUAUGCUGCCCUGUGACCACAAGCAUCAACAGUGGUGCCAGCAACAGCUCAUGCAAAGUCGGCAACAGCAACACCAACAACAGCAGCUUCUACAUGAGCUGCAACAGCAACAACUGCAUCACCAUGACAAUCAGUGCUAUCUCCCUUUAGUUCAGGAAGAGGAGGCCUCCGCAUGCCGGCAUCCCCGGCAGGCGCGUGCAAAUGGGGUAGCAGCAGCAGCUGGAGCAGCCGCCCCCGCAGCAGCAGCAGCAGCAAGCGCCUCUGCUACUGCACCAGCAAGAUGGCUUUGUGUGCGGGAUUGCAGAGACGCUCCCAACGACUGUGCCGAGCAGCAGGAGCAUUGGGGACACCACGAACACCAUCGAAGGAGGCGGCUGCAGCGGCUGCAGCAGCAGGAACAGUUCCAUCGGGAGCAGCACCUGCAACACAAGCAGGACCGCCUGCGUCGGCACUCAGUGCACCAGCUGCAACAGCAAUCACAGCAGCGGCAGCAGCAGCAGCGGUGCGGCAUCUGCUCCUUGUCGUCUUCUGUCUGCGUGAGCAACGGUAACGACAGCAGCAACAGGCGCUGCAGCGUUUGCUGCACCAGCGGCAGCAACUGCACCAAAUGCGGCGGGAACAGUUUAAUGCGCAGCUCUGUUGGUGUUCCUUCGCCCGGGUUGGUUGGAGAUAGCUUCGUUUCUGGUUCUGGGAGGCCGUUGAAUUUGUCAGUGCACAGCGGUAUUUCGAGUGUUUCGACACGGUGCUGCAGCACAAUCGAUACGCAACAUCUGGAUUGCGUUUGUGAAGGCCUGCGCUGCAGCAGCAAAAUGCUGCUACCACGCAAGUCCAUUCAGUUGCUCACAGGCUCCACCACAGUCCACGAUUACUACCGCCUCGGGCAGCUGCUGUCAGUCUGCUCCUUGUUCAACCCGCGCCAGCAGCAACGGCAGCAGCAAGGCAACGACGGUGGCACUGCUGCUCGUACUGCAGAAGACUGCAACAGGCCGCUGCUCUACCACGCCGUCACGAAGGACGAGCGACAAGAAAAGAGAGUCCUCAAAGUUAUCAAGAAGAAAAAGGGCCCGCUGCAUGCGGAGGCAGAGAAAGCUUGGCGGCGCAUGUGUACGCACUUGCUGAACAUCCCCCCCCACCCAAAUGUGUUGUCGUUUGAGGCUGUGCUGGAGACUUCGGAGGCCUUUGUCUUUGCCUCGGAGCAGCUAGAAGGGGGCGAGCUUUUCGACUUUCUUCUGAAGGAAAAAACUGUUCAUGAAGACGUCUGCCAGUUCAUCAUGCUGCAAAUACUGCGAGCCGUUGACCACCUCCACAGCCACAACCUCCUCCAUAGAGACGUGAAGCCGGAGAAUCUGAUGUUCCGCCGCCGGCUGCACAGUUACGGUAGUUCUGCAACUUCUUGCUCUUCUCUUCAACAACAGCAACAGCGGGACCAGCACGAUGUGGGUGCGGGCUCUUAUGGGGAGAAGGCUCACGGGUCUGGAACCUUGGAUGCAUCGUCGCUGGGGCAGCGCAGCUCGCAGCCUCCGCUGCUGUCAAUGGAGGAGCAACACGAGUUGCUGCUGAUAGACUUCGACACUUCUGUGUUCAUAGAAGACCCU